GAUCACACAUUGCCAUCGCCGGCAUUUUGCAGUGUUCAAAAUUUUGACAUUCAUCAAUCGUCGUAUAAUUCGCAUAAACACGCAAUAUAUAUAUAUUUUCUCGGCGGAAUUAGGGUUUUCCCGCAUUUUGGUCGUGUUCGAUCGGAGGAGUUUUGGGUGAGAAUGGCCGCAUGGAAGCGAUUUAGAGGCGGCGGCGACGGGGCGCCAUUGGUAGAGCGCAUUUCGUCGUCUCGAACGGUUCGUCUCGGAAAUGUUCAGCCGCAGGCGCCAGGUCAUAGGACGGUGUUUUGCAAUGAUCGUGAGGCCAAUGCCAUCGCGAAAUUCAAGGGCAAUUCUGUGUCCACGACAAAGUAUGACGUCUUUACGUUUCUACCCAAGGGGCUAUUUGAACAGUUCAGGCGGGUGGCUAACCUAUAUUUUCUCAUGAUCUCGAUCUUGUCUUGCACCCCUGUAAGCCCUGUAAGUCCAAUUACAAAUGUGCUUCCAUUGACAUUGGUGCUUCUUGUAUCUCUCAUAAAAGAAGCAUGGGAGGACUGGAAACGUCGUCAAAAUGAUACAUCAAUCAAUAAUUCCAUUGUAGAAGUGUUGCAAGAUCAGACGUGGGUAUAUUGUCCUUGGAAGAAACUGCAGGUUGGAGAUAUAGUCAAAGUGAGGCAGGAUGGUUUUUUUCCAGCUGAUUUGCUAUUCCUUGGCAGCACGAACCUUGACGGUGUCUGCUACAUUGAGACAGCAAAUCUUGAUGGUGAAACCAACUUGAAGAUACGGAAAGCAUUAGAAAAGACAUGGGAAUAUAUCACCCCCGAGAAACUAUAUGAAUUUAAAGGUGAGGUACAGUGUGAGCAACCCAAUAAUUCACUGUACACCUUCACUGGCAACUUGAUUAUUAACCAACAAACUUUGCCUCUCAGUCCAAAUCAACUUCUCUUGCGGGGAUGUAGUCUUAGAAAUACCGAGUACAUGGUUGGUGCUGUCAUUUUUACUGGUCAUGAGACAAAGGUUAUGAUGAACUCUAUGAAAAUUCCUUCCAAAAGAAGCACGUUGGAAAAGAAACUUGAUAAGCUUAUACUAGCGCUAUUCACUGUUCUUUUUUCAAUGUGUCUUCUGGGUGCCAUUGGCAGUGGUGUAUUUAUAGACCGCAAGUACUACUAUUUACGCUUUGACAAUUCAGAGAAACAGUCUGAUCCUGACAACAGAAUCGUGGUUGCUGUCUUGACUUUGUUUACUCUUCUAACUCUUUACUCGCCAAUCAUUCCCAUCUCUCUCUAUGUAUCUGUUGAGAUGGUUAAAUUUAUUCAAUCCUCUCAAUUCAUCAACAAUGAUUUACAUAUGUACCAUGCUGAGAGCAAUACCCCAGCAUCAGCACGUACUUCUAACUUAAAUGAAGAACUAGGUCAGGUGGAAUAUAUUUUCUCUGACAAAACCGGGACUUUGACAAGAAAUUUGAUGGAAUUUUUUAAAUGUUCGAUUGGUGGAGAAGUCUAUGGUUCUGGUGUCAGUGAAAUAGAGAAGGAGAUUGGAAAUGCUCAAAAGGCUGAAGCAAAAGUUGAGGCUAAGAAGCAGUCCAAUGUACAACUUGAAAAGGGAUUCAAUUUUAAGGAUCCACGACUUAUGAAAGGUGCUUGGAGAAAUGAACCUAAUCCUGAUGCUUGCAAAGAAUUUUUCAGGUGCCUAGCAAUAUGUCACACUGUUCUUCCUGAAGGCGAUGAAUCCCCUGAAAAGAUACGAUAUCAAGCAGCAUCUCCCGAUGAAGCUGCUUUGGUUUCUGCAGCAAAGAAUUUUGGCUUCUUUUUCUACAGACGGACACCAACAACAAUUUAUGUUCGUGAGUCACAUGUUGAGAAGUUGGGAAGUAUUCAGGAUGUUCAAUAUGAAAUUUUAAACGUCCUUGAAUUUAACAGCACGAGGAAGCGCCAGUCUGUAGUCUGCCGCUAUCCUGAUGGCAGACUUGUACUCUAUUCCAAGGGUGCCGAUACAGUGAUCUACGAAAGAUUGGUGGAUACGAACAAUGAUUUAAAAAAUGUAACCCGUGAACACCUCGAGCAAUUUGGAGCUACUGGAUUGCGUACUCUGUGUCUAGCUUAUAGGAAUUUGAGCCCUGAAGAAUAUGAUAGUUGGAAUGAGAAAUUCGUUCAGGCAAAAUCUGCACUACGAGACAGAGAGAAGAAAUUGGAUGAGAUUGCUGAACAUAUUGAAAAGGAUCUCAUUUUGAUUGGAUGCACUGCUAUUGAAGACAAGCUUCAGGAAGGAGUACCGGCAACCAUAGAGACCCUUCUCCGAGCAGGAAUUAAACUUUGGGUGUUGACCGGAGACAAGAUGGAAACGGCGAUAAAUAUUGCUUAUGCUUGCAAGUUGAUAAAUAACAGCAUGAAGCAAUUUAUAAUUAGCUCAGAGACAGAUUCGAUUAGAGAAGUUGAAGAAAAGGGCGAUCAAGUCGAGCUUGCACGCCAUAUGAAAGAGACCGUGAAAAAUGAGCUGAAAAGGUGUAGUGAGGAGGCGCAUAAACAUCUAAACUCAACAGGCCGACAAAAAUUGGCCCUUGUUAUUGAUGGAAAGUGUUUGAUGUACGCACUGGAUCCUACUCUCCGAGUAAUUCUCCUAAAUUUAAGCUUGAAUUGCAGUUCAGUAGUUUGCUGCCGAGUUUCUCCCCUACAGAAAGCACAGGUCACAAGCCUUGUUAGGAAAGGUGCAAACAGGAUUACCCUCAGCAUCGGUGACGGCGCUAAUGAUGUUAGCAUGAUUCAGGCAGCUCAUGUUGGUGUUGGAAUAAGUGGGCAGGAAGGCAUGCAAGCAGUAAUGGCGAGUGAUUUCGCCAUUGCACAGUUCCGUUUCCUCACAGACUUACUACUCGUACACGGCCGUUGGUCGUAUCAUAGAAUCUGCAAGGUCAUCACAUACUUCUUUUACAAGAACUUGACAUUCUCCCUCACCCAGUUUUGGUUCACAUUCCAAACUGGAUAUUCCGGCCAAAGAUUCUACGACGAUUGGUAUCAGUCUCUCUAUAAUGUUUUCUUUUCCGCAUUGCCUGUCAUCAUUCUUGGACUUUUCGACAAGGAUGUUAAUGCUACUCUUUCGAAGAAGUAUCCCGAGCUGUACAGGGAAGGAAUAAGGAACAUGUUCUUCAAAUGGAGAGUCGUCGCAACAUGGGCUCUCUUCUCAAUCGCCCAAUCGCUCAUUUUAUAUUACUUUGUUGUUGCUUCGAGUACUAAAGCCAUUAAUUCAGCUGGCAAGAUCUUUGGCCUGUGGGACGUCAGCACGAUGGCCUUCACAUGCCUCGUCGUCACCGUCAACCUGCGCCUCCUAAUGGCUUGCAACACAAUCACCAAAUGGCACCAUAUAAGCGUCGGAGGAACAAUCCUAUCAUGGUUCAUAUUCGUCUUCAUCUACUCGGGAUUCCUUCUACCCAAAGAACAGGAGAACGUCUACUUCGUCAUGUUCGACCUGAUGAGCACCGUCUAUUUCUACUUAACUUUUCUUCUCGUCCCCAUUGCUGCUCUCUUUCCAGAAUUCGUCUACAUGGGAGUUCAGCGCUGGUUUGCGCCGUAUGACUAUCAGAUCGUCCAGGAAAUUCACAGGCACGAGCCGGAUAGCACCAGGAUCGGGCUGCUUGAAGUCGGGAACAAUGAACUAACACCAGGUGAGGCUCGGAGCUAUGCUGUAAUGCAACUUCCCGGGGAGAAGUCGAAGCACACGGGGUUCGCGUUUGACUCCCCGGGGUACGAAUCAUUCUUCGCGUCGCAGGCGGGCGUCUACGUGCCGCAGAAAGCAUGGGAUGUUGCAAAAAGAGCUAGCUCUAAGAACAAAUCCAAGACACAAGGAAAGAAAGAAGCCAAUUGAAUUGAAGUAACAUCAAAAUACUAACUUGUUUGUUUGUACAUCUUUUUGCCCUCUCCCUAAAUUACUUCCUUCCCUCAGUAUUCUAUGUAGAAACCUUCUAUCUUUUUUAUUAUUAUUAUUAUUGUUAUGUACAUACUGCUUC